UCUAUUUAUGAGUUAGCAAUGACAUACAUGUCUCUGUGACUCCCUGCAAUUUCCUUUGUAAUGGCUAGGCUCCCAGCAGCAUACCUGUUCCUCUUUCUUCUUCUUGUGCAGGUUGUUGCAGAGGCUUCUCUUAGUGAAGGCAAGGGUCCCCUCCCUGUGCAAGCCAAGGGUGGUGAUGAAGCUCUUUACAAAAACUUGUAUCACAAAAUAAAAUCCUCUCCCAAAAUAAAUUGUGGUAUUGCUUGUGAGAGGAGAUGUAGUAAGGCAUCAAGAAAGAAAAUAUGCCUACGUACUUGUCGGGGUUGCUGUGCAAAGUGCCAUUGUGUUCCACCAGGAACCUAUGGUAACAAGGGUGCUUGCCCAUGUUAUGCCAAUCUUCGUACUCGUGGAAACAAACUUAAGUGCCCUUGAUUCCUCAUCCUUCACUCAUUUUAGGUUUCUUUUUUUUCCAUUUGAUAUUGGUUUCUUUGAAUAAUUCCUAAGAAUAAUGAGGGGAACUUUCCGUUGAUUGAGUAAAGGAAGUUGGCAUUUGUUGGUCCUUCAAUAUAUUUAUAUUUUGAUGAUGUGUUAGAAAUAUGGAUGAAGUUCUAUGAAAAUGAAAUAAAGCCUCAUCUCAAA